AUGUCAUCCUAUCGGAGCAAUGAGUUAUUCGGGCCAACUUCCCGGCCAUGCGGUGAUAAAUUUUUAGAAAAUUUAAAAAGUUUUCACAAGUCUAUCGGAUCACCAUUUAUUGAUAAAGCAGUGUUUGCCGGUAAAGAGGUUGAUCUAGCUGCAUUGUAUCGUAAAGUAACUUCAUGUGGUGGUUGCGCUCAGGUAACUAGCCAAAGAAAAUGGACAGAAAUUGCUGAAGCUUUGAAGUUGCCUGCUGAUGGAUGCGUUAAUAGUUCGUAUGCUCUACGUCAAUUCUACUUAAGGUAUUUUAAAAUUUACGAGAAAACCAAUUUUUUCAAUGAAGACCUUGAAGAUAUUAUUUCUUCAGGUCGACUUAAGAUCAAUCACGCGACAGCCUACGACAGAAUGGCAAGUGCUUCAAUAGAAGGUGGCAUUAGAACAUCGGACACAUUGAUGUUAGCUCUAGAGUCGGGUUUACCGAAUGAAGUCGAAUUUGCCUUACAUAUCUUAAUUGAAAUGUCUUAUGACACUAAUAAGCCGUUCCUAAUUGUAAAGAUGCCAUGUUUUAUUCGUAGACUCUUAGCUAUAGUGGGAUUAUUCGAACAAGAUUACGCAAAGCAUAUUAGUAAUGAUAGAAGUAUUUUAAACGUCCCUGAAAUAAAUUUCGUGAAGUUUUGGGAAAGCUGUGUGAAAGAUAAUGAAAUUAAGAGAUUGAUUUAUGGACCAUUUCCUGACCAUCGGAAUAUUGAUGAUAAUUCCAAAGAAGAAAAUAACGAUGAUAACUUGUUCGAUCAUUAUCCGGGGAAGUUGUCGAGGCUAGCAAUUGAUAGACUUGAAAGGAUAUCGCUGGAAUCACCGACUAAUUAUCGAACUCAAAUCUUAUUAAAAUAUGUUUGGAGACUUAUAAAAUCGAUCGAUAAGCAAGAUAUUCUGAAAGGAAUGGAAAUAACUGCAGGCUUAUGUGAGAAUAUUGAUCAUAGUGAAGUUAUAUCUAAUGUCACCGAUUCAAGUAUUUAUAGUGUAGUUAUUAAUUAUUUAACAGUUCCUGAUGUUCAGCUUCUCAUUACUAGCUUAGAUGUUCUUUGUGCCUUAACUGGAUUAGGAGAAGCUACAUGCUGUCAAGUGUUAGCAGUUAAUCACUCCAUUGAUUUAUUGGUCAGUCUGGUAAGCCUUGAUGUUCACAAAUUCGGCGAAGAGGCCAUGGCUGGUAUUUUUCUUUUCGAUAAAAGAUCGCAGAUUAGCGCCUCCACAAUUGCACAAGCGCAGCCACCUCAGGUGUCAAGUAAUAAUAUGGCGGAUAUAGCAGCUAUUAUUAGCCCUGUAGUAUCUCGAUCAGCCGAGGAAAUGUCAAGAAUAGAUCGAGAAAACGAAAAUUUUGCACAUGCAUGGUUAAAUGCAACUUACGAUUGUUGUACCGGUGGAUAUGUACCACGGAGUGGUAUGUACUCCGAUUACUUGGCUACCUGCAAUAGACUUAGUAUCACUGGUAUCGUUAAUUCAACGACAUUUAGUCGCUUAAUACACGAAGUAUUUCCAUCUGCGGAAAUUAAGCGUGUUACCUAUGGUAACACAAAUCAAUAUUUUUAUACUGGUGUUCGGAAAAGGGCUCGACCGUUGCCAUUUACUUAUACUCCUGGACAUUCCAAUGUUAAUCGAACGCCAACAUUACCUGUAAUGAAUAGUGUUGCUCGGACAUCUACUGUUGUCGGUACUGUUCAGGGACGUCAAAUGCCUUACAUGACUCCCACUGUGCAACCUUACAGUGGAAGUAUGGGUAAUAUAACUGCUAAUUUACAAAGAAUAGACACUAGUACUCAAGGUGGAAGUAUGGGAAAUGUAACUGCUAAUUUACAAAGAAUAGACACUAGUACUCAAGGUGGUGGUAUGGGUAAUAUAACUGCUAAUUUACAAAGAAUCGACACUAGUACUCAAGGACCGCAGUUCUCUAUCGAUUCGCAAAAACAAAAUUCUCAGUUAGGCGCUAUCCGACUACCUAGUCAAAUGUUGAAAAAAACUACUCAAUUUGUUCAAAUGCCGUUGGCGAACCCUAAUAUUCGUAAUAAAGGGUUGUCUUCUGGAAGCAAUUAUGCAUCAACUGGACCAACUACUUUAAGACAAGAAAAUUUUGGUAGUAGUAACAAAGUUGUCGCUUCUCUAUCUUGUGACUCCACGCCUAGUUCUAUGACUAGUAAAGAUUCUGCCGCAACAACAGCUGAUAGCGUCGCAACAGUACACGCAAGUUUAGGUAGUAACCAGCCUGCUUCUACUAGUCUUUCGACUUCUUCCGUUAAAGUACAAAUUUUAUCUGAUUGCUCUUUUCGAUUUCUGCAUCCUUCAGGCGUAAGUAAUAACGGUAGCAAAGACGACGAUAAUACUAACGGAACAACCAGCGAAAGCGGUUCCAAGAAUUGCAACAUUACAGAGAAAGCAAGCAUUAAUUUACCAAAAGUUAUUGGUAACUUACAGAAUGGUGCAACCUUACAAUUUCGCAAGGAUAUAACUUCUACGCAUGAUAUAUCUAUUUCCAAGGAUUGUAACAAAGGAUUUAAUCAGAGAUUUGAAAAUUCUGAAUUGCAAGGGUUGAAUAAUAAUAGUAAUGGAGAGAAAUCGGUUGAAUUAAUAACAUCAUUAAAGAGAAAAUCAUCAAUAAGUCAAAUAGAUAAUAAAGUUAAUGGACAACUAAGUGUUGAUUUGACGUUAUCGACUGAUAAUCAUGAACAGUUACCGAAUGCUGGCAUUACCAGUUCUAGCACGACGACAAUUAAACCUACACAGGCAUACCCUCAAGUUAGCCAAGCGAACGGUAAUUGCUUGAAUAAAUUAGACACUACUGAAGAAGAUACUGCAGCUACUGGUACUUCUAAACAACAGACGGAAAAUGCAACGUACCUUUGCAAAUGGAACGAUUGCCAACGGCAUUAUGAGAACGUGAAGGAUCUAGCUAGUCAUGUUUAUAAUGUGCAUGCUAAUAAUUCUCAAGGAUUUUGUGGAUGGGAAGGUUGUUUAAAUGACACUACAAAACGUGUCAAAAGAGCUCGAUUCUCUAUGAUAUUUCAUCUACAGAAGCACAUAAAAAAUUAUGGUGAAAUAUCAAAUGAAAAAAUUACUAGGAAAUCGUAUGUACCUCAAGCAAAGAUUCCACUCACAGUGGAAAAUGAACUUCCGUUAACAAAAUGCGUUCGGUUAACAGCCGCAUUAACGUUACGCAAUUUGGUUAAAUUUACUCACGAAGCUAAAACGUAUGUAGUAUCAAAAGCUACAGCUAUUGAUAUCAAAAUUGAUGAAAAAACUUUUGUUUGCCAAGGAAUUGAUUUUGAGCUUUUUCUGUCAGUCUUCUUAGGCGGUACGAGCAACAUUUGGCAUCUUUGGCCUUUGAUAACCUGGAAGCAUCUUCGGCGCUCGCGUAUUGUUUAUUUGAAUUAA